AUGGCGAUGCGCAGAAUACCACGCCCGUUGCUCCAUCCGCUAUUCACGUCCCACGCAUCUACACUCCUCCCUACACGACGCGCCUCUUUACUGUCACCGUUUCGUCCGACCACUGAUCAAAAAUCAUACUAUCAAUAUGGACCAGGACAAAGUGGAGAUCAGUUAUUACUAGGAGAGCUCCGAUCCCAAACAAGACUGCCUCGUAACACGUUUAUAAACUUUGUGCCUCAGCAAGAAGCAUGGAUAAUUGAGCGAUUUGGCAAGUUUGAUCGUCUUCUAGAACCGGGCCUCGCAAUAGUCAUACCAAUUGUGGAGAAAAUCAAGUAUGUUAAAAGUUUGAAGGAGAUUUGCAUGAACAUUCCUGCCCAGAGCGCGAUUACACAAGAUAACGUGACUCUUGAACUAGACGGCGUUUUAUACAUUAAAGUUGUCGAUCCAUACAAGGCCUCUUAUGGUGUUGAGGAUGCGGAAUAUGCUGUUGCUCAAUUAGCACAAACUACAAUGCGAGCAGAAAUCGGUCAGAUGACACUCGAUCGGACGCUGGCUGAGCGUGCUGCUCUCAAUGCCAAUAUCGUCGAAGCAAUUAAUAGUGCUGCCGAUGCUUGGGGAAUUCGAUGUUUGAGAUAUGAAAUUCGUGAUAUACAUCCGCCAAUGAAAGUAGUAGAGUCUAUGCACCAACAAGUGUCAGCUGAACGAUCGAAGCGAGCAUCAAUUCUCGAAUCCGAAGGUACGCGUCAAGGAGCAAUAAACGUGGCGGAAGGUAGUAAACAAUCUGUAAUAUUAGCCUCCGAAGCAGUUCGGGCAGAACAAAUCAACAAAGCAUCGGGUGAAGCGGAAGCCAUGUUACUUCGUGCACAAGCAACGGCUGAAAGCAUACGUCGUAUUGCGCUUGCUAUUCGCGAGACGCCGGGGGGUUUUGACGCGGUUACGUUGACUAUUGCUGAAAAAUACGUCGAGGCGUUUGGGCAACUAGCCAAAACAGGCAACUCUGUCAUCGUUCCUGCUGGUGUGAGCGAUGCGGGAUCUAUGAUUGCCCAGGCACUGUCUAUAUAUCGAUCAGUCUCUAGACAAGGACAGGAGUACGCUAAUGUAGAGCAACCCGCACAGCCACAGAUCCAAUCCAAUGAUGAACAAUCACAGAGACAGUGA